UGCGAGGACCAUCUGUAUUUGUUAAUGCAGGAGGAUAACGUUGCUUAGCUAGUUGGGUCACUUGCUAGAAAGCUACGCGAUAGCAUAGCUAACCUCAUUCUGUGAUACAACCUCGAGACAGUCGGGACAAGACCAGUCUCAGGCCUCACCAUACUCAAUGAGCGGACAGCGCAAUGUCAGAGCGCUCUGGGCAAACUGCAAAGGGGAAGGAAGGCAAAACCAAGUAUGCGUCUCUCAACCUGUUUGAUACAUACAAAGGAAAGAGCCUUGAAACACAAAAGCCUGUUGUUCCCCCCCGCCAUGGCCUGCAGUCUCUUGGUAAAGUUGCCUCCGCGCGGCGUAUGCCACCCCCUGCCAACCUGCCCAGUCUGAAGGCAGAGAACAAAGGCAACGAUCCCAACGUCUCGCUCGUUCCCAAAGACGGCACAGGAUGGGCAAGCAAACAGGAACAAGCAGACCCAAAGAGUACCGAUGCAUUGUCAGCACCGCAGCCGGAAUCGCAGCAGCCUGUGGCUUCACAGAUACCUGCACCGACCCGCCCGAGAACCCCGCCAGCUUCAGAGGCUCUGGCCCCAGCUUCAACCCAGGCCGUAGGGGCAAGGUCAUGGGCACAGGCCAGUGUUACACAUGGAACACAAGGGGAUGGUGGAAAGGGAUCAAACCUACCGUCGCCAUUCUCUCGCGAGGAAUUUCCCACCCUGCAGGCGGCUGGCGACCAGGACAGAGCUGGCAGAGAACAGGGCACUGCAGAUCAGUGGUAUGGGCCCGGACCAAGCCUCCGCCCCCAGAACGUUACAAGCUGGCGGGACGGUGGGGGCCGAGCUCUGGCACCCACCCUCACUGGGGAGGGGGCAGCAGAGGGUGGCAAUGGUGGGGCUCUGGUGAUGGAUGGGGCAGCUGGGGUCCCCCCUCAGAACUCGCAGUCCCACGGGCCACCUAGGAACCCUCCCGCGGGCAGCCCCGCCUUGCCCCUACCCCAGCCGCCUGUGGGGCCUGGGUUUCCCCCAUACCGAGGGAUCAUGCCUCCCUUCAUGUACCCUCCCUAUCUGCCCUUCCCGGCCCCCUAUGGUCCUCAGGGGCCCUAUAGGUACCCGUCACCUGGGGAAGGGCCUGCUCCCAGGUUUGCCCGUGGGCAGGGUGGUCCUGACAGCAGGCCUCAGGGAGGCCCUCGUGAUGCAGGUGGAGAAGUAGUGAAGCGGCCCUCCAUUCUAAAGCAGGAUGACCUGAAGGAGCUAGAUGAGCUGGACCAUGAUGGCGAUGAGGGCUGGGCAGGAGCUCAUGAAGAAAUUGAUUACUCAGCCAAGUUGAAGUUCAGUGACGAUGAAGGAGAUGAAGAGGUGGAAGAGGAGAGAACAGAAAGCAAGAAUGACUCACAUGAGCUGCAGAGGUCCCAGGAUGCCCCUCCUGCAGCCUCACGCUCCCGAGCCUUGGAAAGCAGUGGGGAAACACGCCAUACCCCUCCCAAUAAUAAUGCUGACAAUGGCCCCCAACCCCCCUCCAGCAAGCCAGGAUGGGCCGAGGAGGGAGGCAGUGGCUGGGGGGGUCAGGCGGGACAGGGGGCUCCAUCCAGCUACCAGGGGCGCAGGCCUGGACUGGGUGGUCCCCGGGAGCAGCCCUCCCCCCCACCUGGGCCGCUUCUUGGACAAGGGCCCUACUCCUUUUACCGACAGGACCGGCCCCACAACCAAGGAGGGACUCUCAUUCCUGGGAAACCUGGACCCUCCCAACAUGCGCCAGCAGCCGGAAGCCCUAACCCUCCCUCACAGACUAGCCUCCUAGUCCACGGGGCCCAGGGAGAUGAUGAGGAUGAGACCUGGCGUCAACGCAGGAAGCAGUCCUCCUCAGAGAUCUCUGCUGCUGUUGAGCGAGCCCGUCGUCGCCGGGAGGAGGAAGAACGUCGAAUGGAGGAGGAGAGACGUGCUGCUUGUGCUGAAAAGCUGAAGAGGUUGGACGAGAAGCAACAACAGCAGCAGGGCAGCAAUGUAGGAGGUGGAGGAAACAACAGUAAAACCCCCAGCCUUGAUGGAAACUCUACAACUGCCACAGCAGGCAGCCCUAGUCCAUCUAUGUCAGCCUCUGCGUCAUCUCCCAACAUAAGCCAGCCUCCAUCGCCCUGUGUUGAUCCUGAGGAACCGGUGCUGGUGGUCCAGACUGGUUCGGGUCCCGCAGUCAGUGAAAGACAGCGAGCAAGCAGCAACAGCAGCUAUGACUCUGGUGCAGAUGCCCAGCAGUGUCCUCAGCCUGCUGUGACACAGCCACAGCAACCGACCGUGGAGGUACCUUUACCUUUACUAGGAGAGAAUAAGGAAGAGACUGUGAGCAGUCCUCACAUUCGAAGUGGAAGUGGAGGUGACCGAGGAGUAGACCCAGUGAAGAUUGAGAAUAUCGGAGGGGGAGCAGGUCGUCAAACGGGUGGUCCUCCUGGCCAGGGUUACUCAAAAUACCAGAAGUCGCUUCCUCCUCGUUUCCAGAGGCAACAGCAGGAGCAGCUUCUGAAGCAGCAGCAGCAGUGGCAACAGCAACAGCAGCAGCACAGCCAAGCCUCACAAAGCCAGCUGUCUCCACAGCCUCAGGCUCCACAGGGCCCUUCACCAGGUUCCACACCACAGCCAGGACCUGGACCUAAGCAGGGUGGACCCCUGUAUCAACCUAGCAAUAUGGUUCGACCUCCACCUCUGCCAAUGAAUUUUGAUCCCCGCUGGAUGAUGAUGCCCUAUAUGGACCCUCGCAUGAUGCAGGGCCGCCCUCCUCCUAUGGACUACUAUUCAGCUGGCAUGCACCCAUCUGGUCUUAUUGGGCGUGAGCGCUCUGAUUCAGGGGGAUCUGGUUCAGACCCUUUCGACAGGCAGCAGCAGCAGCAACAUCCAGGACAUCCUCACCGUGGGACUCCCCCAAUAGAUCCUAAGCUUGCCUGGGGGCCAGAGGUGUUUCCUGGAGGAGCAGAGGGCCGUGGGCUUACUUCCCCACUGAGGCAGAAGCAGGCGCUGGAGGAUGAUGAAAUGGCCAAAGGCCCCAGGAGUGAUACUCCUCCACAUCGCAUGCGAGAAGGUGGUUUGGGACCCAUCCAGCAGCCCAGUGCGAGCUCUGGAACAUCCAAUCAGACACCACCUCCUGUUGGUACACAGGUGGGCACACAGGGAGGUGGACAUCACCCUCAUCACUACAUGAGCGGACGAGGAAACUACAGCAACUUCCCUGACCAAGGUGCAAGGAUGCCUCACCAGCAGCAGCAGAGAGCAGCUGAGAGAGGAAACUUCACCCACCAAGAUGAAGGUCCAUCUAGAGGAUCUCAGCAGGGUCAGAUCUGGGGAGCCCCACAUCCUCACUACGAUCGCAACGGUCGUGCAGACCUCGCCCCUGUUGAGAACAACUCGCACCUCCAUCAUCAUCACAGCCAACACCCUCAGCAGCCUCACUUCCCUCUCCACUCCCAUAAGUCUGACAGCAACCGCGACAGGACUGGUGAGGCCCCCAACAAGAAGACAGACUCCUCUCCCCCUCUCCAUCAACCCUCCCUGUCAUCUUCCUGUUCUUCAUCAUCCUCCUCUUCUUCAGCCAGAGAAGAUGGGAAUGUCAAGGUUGCCCUCCAUCAUCACCAGAGAGAUGGGGAAGCUGGUGGCAGUCACAAUGUUGAAAGAGGGAACAGUGGGAAUGCUGGUAGUAGCGGCCAUGUGAAACCAGAGAAAACAGGUCCAGCAUAUGCUCAGCAUUCCUCCAUGACUUCCAGCUCGCCUCCUUCUCAACAUGGCAGUCAUCCUCAGCCUCAGCAGCAGCAACAUCCCCACCCUAAAUCAAACCAAAGAGGGGGCCGGGAACACAAGACAGAGACCCAGUGGGGCCCGCGACCUGGCAGCAGCAAUACUGGUGCAGGGUCCUCCCAUGGCAGGAGAGGCAACAAUGCAGGAGGUGGGAAUCACCGUGGUGGUGAUGACUCCUCCAACGCUCCAGCAGACCACAAACCUUCUCACCAAACAGGAGGUGGCAAUGCCAACAAGAGGGCCGGCCCUAUUAAGAAGCCGGUUCUUAAGGAGAUGAAGAGAGAAGGUGGAGAGGCUGAUGGAGGAGAAAAAACAAGCUUUGGGAAAGAUAAAGAGCAAGAUGGUGGCCAGAACACCUCUUUAAAACAGGAAGGUUCCUCUGCUUCACAGAAUAGUUCAGCACCAUCUAAAGAUGAGUCUGCACCAGCAGCCAAAUCCAGGAAUGGAGGAAAAGAACGUCCUUCAGGAGGAGGUGGUGGAGGAUCAGGCAGAGGGUCCAAAGAUGUGGACGCCACUGCUGCUGGAUUUACAGGGUCCUCUUCCAGGAGGGACAGAGAACGCUCCUUUGAUAGAAGUGGUAACUCCUCUCACCACCACAGCGUCGGCGCCAAAGGUGGCAGAGCCAACCGUGGGCGAGGAGGAGAGUUCUAUGGCCGCGGUCGUGGUUACCGAGGCUCAUACACAGCCAGCGCUGGGCCUGGCGGUAGCAGCCGAGGCAGAGUUAGUGGCAGGAGUGGCAGAGACUACCGUGCAUCUAUCGCUGGUGGCCACCACCAGGAGUCAAAGGGGGAGGGGGCUGGAGGAAGACAUGGUCAGGACCGGUCUCAGCAUAACCCAGCUCGGGCCCGGAACCGGAGUGAAACCCGCAGUGAGGGCUCGGAAUAUGAGGAAAUCCCCAAACGAAGGAGGGAGAGAGGCUCAGAGACUGGAAGUGAGAGUGGAGCAAGUGACAUCGGUCACUCAGACAAGGAAGACAACCAGAAAGCCAAGAACGGUUCUGAAAACACAAAUGCCACAACCAGUGGUCCAUCAGCUCCACCCAGAGGUAAUCAGGCCCGGGUCUUCACCCCUAGAGGUGUGCCCUCAAGAAGGGGCAGAGGUGGAGGUAGUGGAGGAGGAAACAUCUACAGGAGUAGUGGAAAUGUCGGGGGUCCAGCUGGGGGACACCGGGUUGGACCCAAUUCCACCUCACAUGGUGGAUCCUCAAAGUCAUCAGUGUCAGCCCGGAAGCAGCAGGCAUCAGCACAAACCUCUGGCCCCAAAGACUUGGGCCGGGGAGCAAAUGGUGCUGAUAAGAAAGAUAAGACUGCUGAUGGAGGUCCAGCUCAGAGUCAGGGGUCCAAUCCUCCACAACCGCCUUUGCCUGCUGCAACUCCUGCUGCUCUGAGCUCAACAGAAAAUGGUGGUGUAGUGACCCAACAAGCAAAUACAAACUCCACUUCAAACUCUGGAGCACCAAAUGCUCUUCCCCUUUCUGCUGGGCGAGGGUUCCCACCUAGUGGGUUUGAACGACCACCGAGACGACGCCGUCACGGGCGCUCCCAGCAUCAGCAGGACAAACCACCUCGCUUCCGACGCCUGAAGGAGCGAGAGAAUGCGGCACGUAUAAAUGGAGGGGUAGGGGUUAUUGGGGGAGGAAGGCCCUCGUCUCCAUCUGUGAAUUCAGUUCAGGAAAGUAAUGGGGCCCCCAUCUCUGCUCCAGUGACUGCUCCAAAUGCGAAUCACAAUGCCACGCUGACAACCAACAGUAACAGUGGCAGUGGGCAUCUGAGCAAUGCAAACAGCCACCACCAUCACCACUACAACCAGGGCAACGCGGGGCCACCCCAUCCCCAGCACCACCAUAGCCAUGGAGCAAAGUCCCCCGAUUUUACCAACCAGAACUCGGACCAGGCCAAUGAGGAGUGGGAGACCGCCUCUGAGAGCAGCGACUUCACAGAGUUCAGAGACAGGGAGGGAGGAGGCGGAGGGAAGUCGUAUUCAUCUCACCAUCACCACCACCUGGGCAGGGGAGGAGGAGGCAGCGGAGGUGGAGGUGUUGUAGAGCGGGAGAUAUCAGGGAAAGAGCCCUCUGCCAAUAAACGGAGCUUCUCAAGUCAGCGUCCUGGAAUGGAGCGUCAGAAUCGGAGGGUCAACGCUGGAGGAGGUGGAGGUGGAGGGGGAGGCAGAGGUCCACGAGGCCCGCCUGGUGGGGGCUCUGGUGGAGGUGGAAAUGGAGGUGGUGGCCGCGGAGAGAAACGUGGCAACUGGCCCUCCCCAAAAAAUAGGAAGUGAUGGAACAUUUCCAAACAUUUCAGCACCUACAUCACAUCCACACAAAAAUCCACCUACACCCCAAAUCCCUUUUGAUCAUUACUCCAUGGCUUAUCUGUUUGCAUCCCUUAACAUAUUAGUGCAUUGUACAGUAUAUGGAGAUGGUAUUCACAAUCACUUAAUCUACCCCCACCUCUUUUUCCUUUGCAUUGAUCUCCUACCUACCGUCCGUUAUUGUAAAUUUCUCCGUUUGUUCCGUCUCUGUUCAGUUGUGGCCCCCUUUUACCUUCUCAAAAUGGAUCUCACCCAAGUCGGAUUUAAGAAGCAUGUGGUUCUGCAGCAGAGAUGCACGACGUUUCACACCGAGAUCCACACACACUUGCAUAUACAAGCACAAUACGACAUCCUUAAGCGAACACAUGCGGUCAUGUGGGUGCAAAAUGAAAAUGUGGGGAAAAAAAUUGGCUAAAUGUUGGAUUGGGCUAACUUUUAUAUUUAUGUACCUGUGUAUAUUUGUACCACACUUUGGCCUUGGGUGGUAUUUAGUAGUGCAGUUCUGCAUUACUUCCCUCACAAAGGGAAUUAGUGCAGCUUCAUCUUUUAACAAGAACAAUGUAAGAUAUUUGUUUCUUUGUGUCUUUUUUUUCAGUUUCAGCCUCUGAGAAAUGUUGGGUGUGUGUGUUUAUUUUUUUUUUUCUUCUACAAAGCAGGUCAUUAAAAACCUUUUUAUUAAAUUCCCCAAUUCCUCCUUUUGCUGACUUUUUGGUCUCUGAUUACUGUGAUAAGACCCAUCGAAGUACUACUGCUCAGUGCUCACCUACACCUGCAUUAAUUUGUCUUUUAAUAUCAAUGUUUCUGCUGCUUGUCCAGGUAGACUGUGUGACACCCCCCCCCCCCCCCCCCCAUCCAGUUUUUGACCUGCUCUGGCGUUUUCCUUGCUAUUGGUCCUUUUUUUAGAAUAUAAAGGCUUUUUUGGCCUCAUCGUAGCAUCCUCUUUACCUACAGCAGCUCAAAAAAUGAGUCUCCUUAAGGACAAUAGCUCACUUUCUUUCAUUUGAGUUUUGUUUACCCUUCGAGGACUGUAUUAAUAGCUUGAUGGCUUUAUUCUAACAACCAUUAUUUCCUCAGUGACUUCCAUUUUUAUGGAGACACUUUUUUUUUCUCUAUCAAAGAUAAUUUCAGGUCAAAAACCCUACCUAUCUUAUUAGGAGAAGAAUGAGUUAAAUGAAAAUGUAGGUCAUGAAAAUACACAAAUGUUUGACUUUCAUAGAAUUGUUUAUGCUUCAAUAGGUAAUUGAAUAUGUUCUAAUAAGCACUCCUUGUAGUAUAACAUACAUCCAUGGUUGCUGUUUUCUUUUUUUUUGUGGUUUUUUUUUUUUUUUUGUUUUGAUUUUGGGCGAGUUACAUGUGAUGCAACAGGACAGGUACUCUGUUUGGGCCCAGAGUACAGAGCUAGGCUGAGUAUUGUACUAUUACACCUCCUCUGCUGUUGUGUGUGUGCACUGCGAUGUACACACUCCGCUCUAGUGGAGACUCCUCACACCAAGAAGGACUUAAAAGAGCCCCUUGACUGAGGAAGUAUUUUUCAACAUGUGUGUGUUUUCAGGAUGGCUGUUUCAGUACCUGGUGGCAACAAGUAGCCCAAACUAAUUAAAUACAGGACUAUGCUGAAAAAAAAAAGGGGGUGACGAGUGUGAAUCACCUUCUACAUUUUCACCACACAGUUUUUCUCUGAGAAUUCACUUGCAACGAAUAAUGCGGUCCUGGAAUGUUCGGGAAAUAUUGGAUUACACUUAGUUUGUAUCACACAUUAAAGACAUAAAAUGGCACACGGCUUUGAGGAAAAAAAAAAAAAAAGAGAGACAACAUCCGAAAUGAACUAAAUUCUCACAUCAUUUCUGUCACUGCUGUAAGUUGGGGUUUGUUUGUUUACUGACAGUUUGAGAUCGUCUCUGGGAUGUUGUGAGUAGGGCAUUUGAUGAUUCGUGUGUGUGUAUGUGUGUGGCAUGUGUGUGUUUUCUGUGUAAUAACUCGGUAGGGGUGGGGACCAGAGGGUAACAUGAAUGGCAAGCACUUUUCUGCCUUGUUUGCCCACACUUGAUUUUACCAAUAUUCUUGUUAUUAUUAUUAUUAUAAUGGUAAUUCUACUGUUUUCUUAAAUACAUCCGCAUAUAUACAUUCAAUUGUGUGUAUAUGUUCAUCAUCCAAAUGAAGAACAUGCAGUGGAAAGCUUCACCAUUUUUUUUUUUUUUUUUUUUGUAAUUUAAUUAUACAUUCUUCAGCAGGCAAGUGAAGUUGGACAUGUUUUCCUUUCCACUUUGACUUCUAAGCAUGAACUCACACCGAUGGGUGCAGCUUGCCUUGCCUGUUACUGGUUAUACAUGGAUAGCUGUUCACUUAACACUGGCUCAAAGAGUCCUUCAUCCCUCCUUAACUCUUAAUGUUGAUGUGCGCAUUAUUGUAUGUACCCAUGUUAAGAAAAAAAGACAAAAAAAAAAAAUCAAACAAAAGUAGUGUAUUCCAGAAAUUACUCAAAGAUUGUACUACGUUUCCAGCAUUACCGAGGUACCUGGAGUGGUUCAAACUGUUUUAGCAUUUAUGGUUUUAUUAAUGGAACCGUAAUAUACACACAUGUAUGUAUAUUGGUAUGUAUCUAAGUUUUUGUCUACCCCAACUUACAUUCCCACAAACAAAUGUUGCCAUUUUUAGUUCAAGGGAGCAAUGUACAAGCAGAGAAGUGUCUUAUUAUAAUAAAGUUAUACAGAGAAGGCAAAGUAAAAUAAACUACUUUUGAUUUAAUGGAAAAA